GUCCUCCAAGCCGUCUGCCGGCACCGCUGCCAUGCUCGGCCUCCACGACAUUGGCGGUUUUCAGGGUUUCCUCCGUCGGCGCAAGAACUACAUCGACUAUAUGGCUGGACUUCUGGUCCUUCUUAAUUCGUUCGUUAUGAUGCUCGAGCUGGAACUUGAAGGUCGGGCAGUGGGGGCGGCUCAGUUUGGUUUUGCAAACACUGGCCCUGACCUGGCCACGGUGGAGCCUGUCUUUCGAACGAUUGAUGCCAUCUUCGUAUAUGUCUUCCUUGCCGAGUUGAUUAUCCGCGUGAUGAUCGAGCGCUUGCA